AUGUCUAUUCCAAUGGAACUGGGGCACCUUCUGAGUAACCUCUCGAGUGAGGUGGAUGGAGGUCCUCAGGUAGCAUCAGAAGGGUUCCUGGUCAAUGUAUCUCGAUCGGCACUGCUUGGAUGUCUGUUCAUAGCAUCCUGGGCUGUAUACAAUGUGUUCAUAUACCCUCGAUUCGUCAGUCCCCUGAGGUCCCUCCCUCGCGCCAAGGGUGGCUACCCGAUCCUCGGUCACGCGUUAGCCCGAUUUAAACAGCCCUUGGGGGAAGAGUACUUGCGUUUCGUGGAAGAAGUACCUAACGAAGGAAUCAUUCUCUUCCGCGACCUAUUCAACUCAGAUCAUCUACUCCCCACGAGCACCGCGGCCCUCCAAGACGUUCUCUCCAAGAAAUCAUAUAUGUUCGAGAAGCCCAGUGAAGUGCGCGAAUUCACGAGCCGGAUAUUAGGAGGCGGCAUCCUCACUGUCGAGGGCGAGAUCCACAAGCGCCAGCGCAAAGACAUCACGCCGAACUUCACCCUGAGGCAUACGAGACAGCUUGCGUCGCUGUCAUGGAGUCGGACCAUGGAGUUGGUCCGUGGUAUUGCAAGCGAGAUUGGGUCGCAAGCACAGUGCGGUAGUGCCAUGGACCGAGGAGAUAAGUCGGGUAUAGUGGAUAUGAAUGUCUGGGCUACGCGCACAACGCUGGAUAUAAUUGGAAUUGCCGGGUUAGGACGCGAUCUCAAGACGCUCAAUACCUCGCGGGUUGCCCUCCACGAGGCCUAUACGGCGGCGUUUACGGGCACGUGGAGGAAGAGCUUCCUGUAUGUCGCGAUGUUGUGCAGGCUGACUUGGUUGAUUGACUGGAUUCCAUGGAGGGUGGAUGAGCGGUUCAAUCAGGCCACUGACUACCUGAGACGGUUCUGUCGGGAGUCCAUCGAGGAGAGCAGACGGGAGAAACAAAGCAACGGGAUAAGCUCCCCGGACUUCCUGACCAAGCUCAUCGAGUCAAACAAAUUCACGGAUGAUAACCUGGUGGAGCAAUUGCUGGCGUUUCUAGCAGCGGGACAUGAAACAAUAGCCGGCUCACUGGGAUGGUCCGUUUACCUCCUUGCCACUCAUCCUAGCAUCCAGACUGUUCUGCGAGAAGAGUUACUCUCCUGCGCCUCGCCCGAAGAAUGGGCCAUGCAAAGUCCCGACAUCACGACUCGUCUCGAACGCGUUCCCCUUCUCAAUGCCGUCUGCAACGAAACCCUUCGUCUUUAUCCCUCCAUACCACUGACACCCCGUGUCGCCAAACAGGACACGUCCAUCCUUGACUGUCCCGUCCCCAAGGGAACUCGAGUGAUGAUAGCACCGUAUGCGAUCAACCGGGCACCGCAUCUGUGGGGACCGACCGCGAAUGAAUUCAAGCCGGAGCGAUGGAUCGACGAGACGACGGGCGAGGUAAACAAGAAAGGAGGCGCUGAUAGCACGUAUGCCAUGCUAACGUUCCUGCAUGGGCCGCAUAACUGCAUGGGGUCGGGGUACGCAAAGGCGAAUCUUAGGGUUAUGGUGGCUGCUUUGGUGACGGCGUUCGAAAUGGAAUUGGCGUAUCCUGAUGAAAGGGUAUUACCGAGUGGGAGGCUUGCGGCGAGACCGGGGGAUAAAAAUGAUCGGUUGAUGAUACGAUUCAGGCCUGUAGUUAAAGAGUAG